AUGGGAUUUUUAGUUCACACUCUGAAUUUUAUAGGUGCAGUCACUUCCCCAUUACAAAGAUUCAACAAACCAUCAUACUUCAUGAAUAUUACUGAUGAUUCAUUCACCGUUAGUCCAAUAAUAAAAUAUCAUCAAAAUAUAAUUAUUAAUAAAACCACAAAUGGCGAAAUAGUUAAAAGUGUCACAACAGAGAUAGAAACUGUUUACGAAGAGACAUCUCCAUUCCCAAGUCCAGAAGCUGAACCUGCCCAAACUCCAGAUCAAGAACAACCUCAAACACCAACUUCUACACCGGAGCAAUCUGAACCCCAAACGCCUGUUACAACUACUAUUCCUCCAACAACAACUGAACCAACUCAAUAUUACACUGCAGCUCCAGAGCAGGCGUCAACAUUCUAUUCUACACCGAUGUCAACAGUAGUUACACCUUCUUAUCCAAAAUCCACACCAAUUUCAACUUCUACAACUUCUGAAUCUCCAAAAUCCACUCCAAAGCCAACAGAAGCUCCAAAACAAACUCCAAAACCAACUGAAGCUCCAAAACAAACACCAAAGCCAACAGAAGCUCCAAAACAAACACCAAAACCAACAGAAGCUCCAAAGCAAGCUCCAAAACCAACAGAAGCUCCAAAGCAAACUCCAAAGCCAACUGAAGCUCCAAAGCAAACUCCAAAGCCAACAGAAGCUCCAAAGCAAACUCCAAAGCCAACAGAAGCUCCAAAGCAAACUCCAAAACCAACAGAAGCUCCAAAGCAAACUCCAAAGCCAACAGAAGAACAAGGAAAGAGAAAGACAAUUGAUAAAACAAAGUAUACAUUAAAAGAAUUAAACAAAAUGAUUGAUGAAUUAAUCAAAGACACUGAAAAUUAUACUAUUGAAGGAGAAAACGCAAAAGAACUUAAACAAAACAUUAAUUCUCUCAAAUAUUUCGAUGUCUAUCAAGAACACAAAGGUCCCAAACAAUCAGCAUGUACAUUUGAAUACAGCUUCAACAAACCUGUUAACAUUCACAAGAUUUCCUUUGCUCCAACAUCAGAUAAAGACCACGUCAAAGACUUCAACAUCCAUAUUUUAAAUGGAAGAAACACAGUCAUUAUACCUAUGAACACAAGUUUGCCUGAUACUUAUGAAUACGUUCAAGAUUUCACCCUCCCUCAUGUAUUUAAUACAGCAAAGGUUCAAAUUUCCGAUAAAUCUGGAAGAACUAAAAAAUGCACUAUUCCUGAAGUUGCAUUCUAUGGUCCACUAAAUUGA